GUGGCAGGCCGCGGCACGCACAGUCUGGCCCGGUGCGUUGCCUCACUAACCGCCUAGCCCCCCGCUCCUCACCCACCACUCGACUUUACUUCAAAACCACCAGACAACAUGAGGGAAUGCAUCUCCGUCCAUAUCGGCCAAGCUGGCGUACAGAUCGGCAACGCUUGCUGGGAGCUGUACUGCCUGGAGCAUGGCAUCCAGCCGGACGGCCAGAUGCCAUCAGACAAGACCCUGGGCGGCGGAGACGACUCCUUCAACACGUUCUUCAGUGAAACCGGCGCCGGCAAGCAUGUGCCUAGAGCUGUGUUUGUUGACUUGGAGCCUACUGUCGUUGAUGAGGUCCGCACGGGAACGUACCGUCAGCUCUUUCAUCCUGAACAACUUAUCACUGGCAAGGAAGACGCAGCCAACAACUACGCCAGAGGACACUACACCAUCGGCAAGGAGAUCGUUGACGUAGUCCUUGACAGAAUCAGGAAGCUCGCUGACCAAUGUACUGGUCUGCAGGGUUUCUUGGUGUUCCACUCGUUCGGCGGUGGCACUGGCUCUGGAUUCACCUCGCUGCUGAUGGAGCGUCUCUCCGUGGACUACGGCAAGAAGUCCAAGCUGGAGUUCUCCAUCUAUCCCGCUCCUCAGGUGUCAACAGCAGUAGUAGAGCCGUACAACUCGAUUCUAACCACGCACACGACCCUGGAGCACUCGGACUGCGCGUUCAUGGUCGACAAUGAAGCCAUCUACGACAUCUGCCGCCGUAACCUCGAUAUCGAGCGGCCCACAUACACCAACCUCAACCGGCUUAUCGGACAGAUUGUAUCCUCCAUCACAGCGUCACUACGUUUCGAUGGCGCCCUCAACGUCGACCUGACGGAGUUCCAGACCAACUUGGUGCCGUACCCGCGCAUCCACUUCCCCCUCGCCACUUACGCGCCGGUCAUCUCCGCGGAGAAAGCCUACCACGAACAACUCACCGUCGCAGAAAUCACCAACGCUUGCUUCGAGCCCGCCAACCAGAUGGUCAAAUGCGACCCGCGCCACGGGAAGUACAUGGCGUGUUGUAUGUUGUACCGUGGGGAUGUGGUCCCUAAGGAUGUGAAUGCUGCCAUCGCGACGAUUAAGACGAAACGUACCAUCCAGUUCGUGGACUGGUGCCCGACUGGGUUCAAGGUGGGCAUUAACUACCAGCCGCCUACAGUAGUACCCGGAGGAGACUUGGCCAAGGUCCAGCGUGCUGUAUGUAUGUUGUCCAACACCACGGCCAUCGCUGAGGCGUGGGCCCGUCUGGAUCACAAGUUCGACUUGAUGUACGCCAAGCGCGCCUUCGUCCACUGGUACGUCGGCGAGGGUAUGGAGGAGGGAGAAUUCUCCGAGGCUCGGGAGGAUCUCGCAGCCCUCGAGAAGGACUACGAAGAGGUCGGAGUUGACUCCACAGAGGGAGAACUCGAUGAGGAGAAUGAAUAUUAAGAUGCAGUACAACGCUAUGUUAUACAUCCAAUUCAAGUCGACAAAAAACAAGUUUCAUUGUUUCUCGUAUUAACAUACCAACAUGGCUCGACAUUCUGAGGGGGUAGAUAAGUCUUGGACGUCACCGCGUCGAUGGUUAAAUCAACUAACAUAAGGAAGAAAUUCACUUUUCAAAAACGUAUAACUUGACAAGAUUCAUUCGUGAAUAGCGCGGUUGGAUUAUGUCGUUUUUAAUUAAGUUUAGUCGUAAGGAACCUAAUAAAGAGAGCUUGAUUGAAAGGUUGCUAACAGUACAAACUUUUUGAAAAUAAUUUUCAGUAAUGAAACGUAAAGUUUGGAUCUCUGUAAUUUGGUGUUGUGUUGCGAUUCUAUGCAUUUAUUAAUUAUAAAAAAGUGAUAAUAAUAAUUUUAAUGUUUUAAUAUUGGAUUUAGAAUAUCCUUUUAUAUCAUAAUAAGCUAACUUAUUGAGAGUUUAAUUUUAAUUGUGCUUUAUAAGAAAAGUAAUUUUGUAUGUUUGAGGAUAGUUUUUUAAUUAAUGCACAAUAAACCUUUUACACGA